GCCGUAGAAGAAGAGAACGGGCGCGAUCAGGUAGUGCAUUUGAAUCAAGGCAAAAACAAAUAGAAGCGGAAUGGCACAAGGACACAAGUUUCAGGACCUGGAGGAGACCGGGGCAGCUCUGAUGGACUUUAUCAAUAGCAGUGAACUCCACAAACUCCGAGGGGUCAAAGAUGCUCAACACAUGCUGUACGACCGACACACAGAAACAAAGAAGACUGUUACACAGAUUCUAAUGGAUGUGGCUCAGAUCGAGGAGAGUGCCGGGCAGAGGUUGCUGGACAUGCAGGAGGAGCAGAAGAGAAGGGAGCAGGAUAGUAACAGUCUAGAGGAGCAGCUGAAACAGUGCACAGCCAAGAGCCAGAUUACAGACUCCGAACUACAGUUUCUACAGAAGGAGUUUGAUAACUUACUGAACAGUGAACAAGAGCUGGAAACUCUACAGAGUGAGGUGAAUGAGGACACCACAGAAGUGAUCCCUUCAUCUGUUUAUGUUGCAAAAUUGUACUACCUGAUAACCAAGAUCAAGUGGGAGUACGACACAGAGCCCCACAUUCUCAAAGGAGUGCACUAUGGGGCAGAGCUAGCGAGUCCCAUUCAUAUCGACAAGUCGAGCCAGUCUCCAGGAGAAGUGAGUGACCAUCUCUGGAGCUUUGUCAACUCUGAGUGGUAGAAGAGGUUCAACCAUUUUGUUUUACAUGCUUGUAAUUUUUAUGUUAUCAACAUCACUUGUAUAUCUGUAAUAAAUUCAUGUUUCUAAUA